AUGGUAAAUCACCUUCUUUCUGUACAGUUGAAAGGAAUUUCCACGAGCCAAAUAACAGAGAACUAAAACUAUUUUGCAGUAUCAUCAGGUGGACAGCAUUAUUCAUAGUGAAGAAUUCACACAUCACCACUUGUGUGCUUUUUUAGAGCAGCUGAUGAAAAUGCAUUCCAAGGUUAUCAUUUUUCUGAUCGGCACUGCAUACAUCUACAACCAGGUCCUUGCACAAGUUGAAGAUAUCUACAGUGGUGAGCUGAUGGUGGAGAGUAAUGUCACCCUGGAAGCCCAGACAGUCCUGUCAGCUUUGAGCACUGGUGACCUCUCCGUGAGUGACAGUAAUGGAGUUACGUACACGGUGAAAAUUGUAAGCAGUGAAAUGGUAGCAGAGUGUCUCAUUAUUGGAAAUGAAAGCAACUGCAGCUGCUCUGCGGGAUAUCUUUGGAGCAACGACGUGUGCUACAGCUACAACUGCUGCAGUCCCACGCCUUGUUUAAGAAAUGUGUCCUACACCACACCACUCUGUGUUUCUGCAGUUAAUGUUACCAUCAAUGGAUCAGUACAGAGUUCUAACACCUUGGAUUCAGCCCUGACAACUGCAUUCCAAAAACUGAAUGCCCUGGUGUAUGUUAACAUUACUGGUCCCAGAACAGUCUCAUUGCCAAACAUUCUAUACAUUAUGGACUUUGAGGUUCUUGUCAAUGUCAGAUUAAACAGCUCUAAAUUUCAAGACAUAUUGAAUGGACUGCAAAGUACUCUAACUGCUACUAUAUUUGUCGACACUGUGGGAAUGGUGACCAUAGACGCCCCAAAGACUCAAGUUUGCUACCUGUCUGAGCCAGAACUGAGAUGCACAUUUGAGGAACCCACAGACAGCGCUGGCUGGAACUUGACCACAGCGAAUGAGCGCUUUGAGCUCAACGAUGGCAGCGUUGUUAAACAGAACACCACAUGUGCCACAGGAAAUUACCGAUCAUGUAUUGGAGUUAAACUGGUGAAGGUGACGGGCAUCUGGAAAGGCAUAUACGAGUGUGGAUUUACCGUUGGGUCAAUCAGACAUACAGCCAGAGCUGGGUUAGAUGUAGCUCUCCUCCCUGAUGUGAUCACCAUGAAGGCCAACCCUCUCACUGCGGACUGCACACAGACAAAACCUGUCCUUAUAACAGUCACAACCGAGAUCUCACCAGGUGAUGGAAUCUAUAAUGUUAUGUGGAUCUACAAUGGUGUUUCAGAAAUUGGGCAUUUUAAGAACUCAAAAGCCACUAACUACAGUUUAAACUAUUCAAUCAAUUGCGAAGGAUUGACGGGAACUUUAGUAUACAUUAACAUCACUUUUACUAACAUCAUGGGACAAACUAAAAGCGCACGAAUGGAUAUCCCAGUUAUCCCAGCUGGUGCACCAUCUUGCAAAGAGGACACUGUAGAUUAUUGGCCAAAAACCCCAGGUGGAGGUACAGUGAUUAAUCAAUCAUGCCCAGAUGGCAAGGUUGGCUUUAGGUCCCGAACUUGUGAAGGCUCUGUCUGGCAGCCUGUGUUCUCAAAUUGUGUCAGCAAAGAGUUGAGCAAAGUUUCAGAGUCAGCUGAUAACUUCCUGAAGGGACUAGGGGCGACCUCAGAAGUGGCCAAAGAUAUAUUUGAAGGACUUAAAAACAGCUCUCUGUCAAAUUCUGGAAGCGACAUGGCAGACAUUGGCGCCUCCAUCAACGUUCUACAGAUCAUGGCAAUGGCAUCAAAUCAAACUGAGCUGAAAGACAAUAUCUUUCCAGACUUUGUCAGUGCAGCAAGCAAUAUGUUGAAUGGCACCUGGUCUGAGGUCAAUAACACAAUUCGUUAUAAGAUGUCAUCAGAAUACCUCACAUCUGUGGAUGGUCUGGUGAAGAAUAUCAAGGUUAACCAGAGCAAUGAAUUCAACAGUACAAAUCUAGACCUUAAAUUCUGCCAAAGAAAUAACUGUAGUGUGUCCGUAUUUGACAUUGGUGUGAAUAUGAACAAGACCGACGGAAUACUGAAAACUGUGGCUGUGAAAAACCUAAUGAGUAAAUUAAAAAACACCUUCAAUGGCAUGCCAUCUGACAUUACCAACCUCGUAUUAUCAGCCACACUGGACAAUAACAGUGAUUCAACUAUACAAAUUAGAGUGAAUUUCCCCAGUGGGAGAACCAGCCCCACUCAAUUUCACUGUGUCUUCUGGAACACCACAAUGAAAGAGUGGUCGGAUGAAGGAUGCAAUGUCAGCAUUUCUGAUGGAAACCGCACAGUAUGUCAGUGCAACCACCUGACUGCAUUCUCUGUCCUGAUGUCCAAGAAUGACAUAUCUGAUCCCAUCCUUGAUAUCAUUUCUGACGUGGGCCUUGGUGUGUCCAUUUGCUCCUUGGUGAUCUUUCUCAUCAUUGAAUGUCUUGUAUGGUCAGCUGUGGUCAAGAGCAACCUUUCUCAUUUCCGGCACACAGCUAUAGUGAACAUUGCCACAUUCCUUUUGCUCGCUGAUAUCUGUUUCUUGGCUUCUAGCAAACCUGAGACUCUUCCUGAAAACUGGUGUUUUAUACUGACCAUAUGCAAACACCUGUUUUACUUGGCCAUGUUCUGCUGGAUGCUGUGUCUGAGUGUCAUGCUUGUCCACCAGCUCAUCUUUGUCUUCAGCCCGCUGCGAAAAAGAGUUUUCAUGUUCCUCUCCAGCAUCUUAGGCUAUGUUUGCCCAAUUCUAAUUGUGGGAACCAGCUAUGUGUACUACAAAUAUACCAACAGCCCCUACUACAAAAAAGAGACAUGCUGGCUGGUUUUCGACAAACUCUUGGUUGGCUCCAUGCAUGCUUUUCUCCUGCCUGUUGGAACAAUUGUUUUGACAAAUCUCUUUUCCAUGAUUGUUGUCAUGGUUACUCUGUUGAAGACCUCAGUUCCUGACAGUAGCAAGGCCGAUGACAAGGACACCGCCAAAAGCAUCCUCAAAGUGGUGAUCUUUCUAACACCUGUCUUCGGAGUAACAUGGAUUGUUGGCUUCUUUCAGCUCAUGUUGAAGGAAACUGACUCCAUGUUUAAGACUGUUACCUACAUUUUCACCAUCCUCAAUUCCUUUCAGGGGCUUUUCAUUUUGCUCACAGGCUGUUUUGGGGAACAGAAGGUCAGAGAGGAACUGUUAAAGAUCAUAAUGGGCAAGUCAAAAGGAAAUGACAGCACAAAGAAAUUCACUUCAACUACAUACACGAAAGACAACUGAAGAUGCAGACUGUGAUGACUGAACUACCCACUCCCAUGUCCAGUUCCAUAACAGGAGAAUACAUCUUGCAGUCUGCAUUAUGUUUAUGAUUGUAGUUCCAGGAGGAUGUUAUUUACAGCUAUAUCAUUAUCAAUGUUUAAUUACAUUUUCCUAAAAUCCAAUUAUAGGUAGACUCAUGCAAAAGUGACCCCUGUUAUUAUUUAGGCUCCACUAGAAUCGUGUGACAGUGUGUUUACUUGCAGAGACACUGCCUCCCUUUUUUAUUCUUGUUUUGCAAUGUAAGUGAUGUUACACACAACACCUGUGCGCAACAGUCACAACUAACAGAAUAAAGAAUGCACUUCAGCUGUACUGAUAGACGGGGGGAAAAAAAAAAACAUGGAUGUAGCUGCCAAGUCUGAAACAUGAAGCCAAAGCUAAAUAAUUUCAAAUCUGUAUUUGUGGUGGACUUCCAGAAAUCUGCCCUGACCUCUGUAAACAUGUUCCUCGAGGUCUCAGUCAUUCAUUUCAGUUCAUAGCCAAUAAACCAUUAACUACAUUUUAAAAAUUUGGGUCAUUCUUCUUGUCAGAAAAGAGAAUUAUCUAUGAUAUGUACAUUAGCCAAUGACUUGUGAGUGACAAGCUGUUUGAGCUAAUGCUCAAAAGUCUUAUCCUGAGGUCUUAAAUGGGAUGUCUGAAAGCAGCGAGUGACACUGAGGCAGCUACGUCCAUCUGUCCGUCCUGUCUGUGGCUGAAGUGACUCCAACAAUAACCAGCAACUGUAGCAGACUGUACAUUUAAAUAGAGCACUGCUGUCGAUGAUUAGCGCUAAGGUUUGGAUUGUGUAUGGUACUACUAACACUGAUAAUCAUUAUUGUUUGCUAAGACUGGCAGUGUAUUUUGUCAGUUAUCUUC